UGAAGUAAUCGACACAGUGUUAUCUCAGAGCGUUUUACGCCAACAUGUGGAUCUGUUAACUCCUAACCUUAAGUGAACGGACGACAAUUUUAUGAUGUGCGUUUCGGGUCGCCGUGCAUCGUGCUUUCAAUAAUUCCAGAAAGCGAGUAAAAGCCUCGCGCUGACAAUGUGGACACCAGCCGGGAAUAUAUAACGCAAUUACGCUUUGUUUGAUCUGCGCGUUCAAGUCUAAAAUUAAACGGGUUGUGAGAGGAAGGAGAAAGAGCCUGAGUUCCCUGCCCCCCCCUCCCCCUCCCCCACCGACACCACCAUCAUCUUCAGAGCUUCUUUCAUGCGACUCCCUGGGCCAGACUGCACAGCCAGAAUGAACUGUGAGCAGGAUUUUGGAGAAGGGGGCAUGAACGUCACUCUCACCCUCAGGUUGCUCAUGCACGGCAAGGAGGUGGGGAGCAUCAUAGGCAAGAAAGGAGAAACAGUCAAGAGGAUACGAGAGGAGAGCAGUGCACGCGUCAACAUCUCAGAGGGCUCGUGCCCCGAGCGCAUCAUCACCAUCACUGGCCCGACAGAGUGUGUGUUCCGAGCGUUUACUAUGAUCACGAUAAAGCUUGAGGAGGACCUGGUUGCUUUGGUGGCUAAUGGAACAGUCACCAGCAAGCCCCCAGUCACAUUAAGGCUCGUGAUUCCUGCCAGCCAGUGCGGCUCUCUCAUCGGCAAGGGCGGCUCUAAAAUCAAAGAGAUCAGAGAGACCACAGGGGCGCAAGUCCAGGUGGCCGGAGACCUUCUUCCCAACUCUACAGAAAGAGGGGUGACAAUAUCUGGUAGCCAAGAGGCCAUUAUCCAGUGUGUCAAACUCAUCUGCACUGUCAUUCUCGAGUCACCUCCGAAAGGCGCCACAAUUCCAUACCGGCCAAGCCCCACGCCAGGGGCACUGCUGCUCUCUGGAAAUCAGGUGUUCGAAGCGUCUGAGUUUGGCUCUCACCCUCUAUUCUCUGUGGCUCAGGGAGCUCUGGAUCUGCAACAAGCAUACACUGUACAGAACCAAUAUGGCAUUCCACAUUCAGAGCUGGCCAAGCUGCACCAGUUGUCUAUGCAGCAGGGACUGGCACCGAUAGCCCAGCCCACGACUACUCCCGUCCUACCUGCAGGCAUGGAGUCCAAUUCCCAGACGGCUUCGCAGGAGCUUCUCAUUCCAAACGACCUGAUUGGUUCCAUAAUCGGCAGACAAGGUACAAAAAUCAACGAGAUCCGCCAGGUAUCCGGGGCUCAGAUCAAGAUCGGCAGUCAGCUGGACAGCACCAGUGACCGACAUGUCACCAUUACAGGCACUCCGAUCAGCAUCAACCUGGCCCAGUACCUCAUCACAUCCUGUUUAGAGACAGCCAAAUCCACCGCCCAGUCCUCCUCCAUGUCGACCCCUGUAGACCUCAACAUGAGCUUCACCCAGCCCGCCUCCCCUGCCUCGUCCUCCGCCGCAGCCCUGGCAGCGAUGGGUGGUCUGCCCCACGCUCCCAUCCUGGGCGCUCCCUAUGCCCUCCCCCUCUCCAGCCUCCUGGGAAUGAAGUCCGUCCCCUUCCUGGCUCUCUCCGCCCCCGCGGCCGUGGCCACGGCCGCCGCGGCUGCCGCUGCUGCACCUGCCCACGGCGCCCUGGCCUCCUACACGGCCAAGAUCUCCUCAGCCAACGGCAUCAAGAAACCCGAGCGGCAGAAGUUUGCGCCCUACUGACGGCAGCCCGCGUGCAACCAUGGGUAGCCCCCCGUCCCUGCUCCUGAGACCACAACCCGGUGAGGAAAUGCUUCAGUGGUCCUCCCCUCCUGCCUGUUGUAGCCGUGUAGUCGAAAGAGACUUUACUGGAAGUUUUUUGUUGUUGUUGUUGUUGUUGUUGUUGUUGUUGUUGUUUUGGGUUGUUUUUUGUUUUGGUUACUGAAAACUACUACUAAGACACUAUAGAAGGACAAUAGCAUAUUUAGAAAGUUUUGUUUAUGUUUUUUGGUUUCAGUAGCCUCUAAAGCCAUAGCCUACUCCUAACUCAGUCCUGUCCCAUGCCCCCGUCCUUAUACUCAUCUACUGUCUGCUCUUAUUUAUUAAUAAUUACAAAAUAUUCCCACAAAGAGUUUAUAAAGUAUGACACUGGUGACUGAUGCUAAACACUCUGUCUCAGCUUUUAUACAAUGAUGUCUGUGGAUGCUUAUGUAUACAACUUUCUCAUUUUUUUAAGAAUCUUUAAACAAUGUAUAAAAAAAAAACCAGAAAAAAUGUUUUUAAGAAGACUACAGAUUUAAACCUCGCUCUUGUGUUAUGUUUUUAUGUGUUUUUGUCACAUUUGUUUGAACAUGGGUUAUUUAUUUUAUUUAUUGCAAGUAUUUUCUUUUACAAUGUUGGCUUUGCGUGUCAUCACACAACAGUUUCGGCCCUUUUAUGGUACAAGGCACACCAAUAAUUUUCUCCUUCCUCUAAACUUCACAGAUUUCAAGAUUCCUUAUUGUUGAAUGGAAAGUGUAUAUUGCUAUUAUGUGAUAUUAUAAACUAAUUAAACACUGAAAUUCGUAAAGAUAGGACCUUUUAUUUCGAUUUGGAAACGCUGAACUUAGCUAAACUAGCCUAAACAAAAAGAACUGCGGUGGUCAAAACUGUGCUCACCUCUCCUGAUAGCAUUCAGAGUCUUCUAUGCAUGGUGAUUUACCUGUUCAGAAAUUAAAAAUGCAUGUUAAUUUGGCCCACACAUUCACACAGAAGCUAAAACAAAUAGUAGCCAAGGUCUCUUUGUUGGCAGCGGAAUCAACACCAGGCAAACUAACAGACAAGCAAUACUGGACUGAAAGUGUUGAUUAAACUCUCACAAAUACAUACAAACACAGACACACACACUAGACCUAGCCAUAAAUGUGCAUCAACUGUAGCUGUUGUAAUUAUGACUGUUUUCAUCCACAAGAGUAUAUUAUGUAGACUUAUUUUAGUUCUGUUAUAUAUAUAUAUAUAUAUAUUAUUUUUCUUUUUAUGAAAUAUAUGAAUAUAACUCACUUAUUUUUGUAAAGCCAGAUAUUAUGAAUUGAAUUUGUCCACGGUUACUUACAAAUUCAUACAUUUAGAUGUGGUUAACCUUUGACCUUGUGUUUGUGUUUAUGGAUGUAUUUUUUCCCUCUCCUGUCUUUUCCUUUCUUCUAACGUCUCACAUACUCAUUUGCAUGAAUUCAACUUGGCGUCUAUGCAAAACAUCUCUUGAUGGUUCAGCGAUGUAUCCUGGGUAUCGGCCUUAAACACACCACUGCUGGGUAUGGACUGUGGAGAACAAUGAGGCAAAAUUCAGGCAAAGGCCACGAUAGCAUCGGCUUGAUGAACCAUGUGAUAUAAACACGCACACGCACAGACAAGCACGAACCCGCUCGAGUGCGCGCACACAUGCGCGCAACCUGUAUAUUCGUUGCAUUCUAUCAAUUCGCUCAUUCCAAACAAAACCACCAUUUACCCUGUAUAAAAUGACACAGCGUUGCUAUACAACAUGCCACACUGCACUUGAACAUGAGAAUUCCACUAUGGCCAAAUGAGAAACAGGGGUGAAAUGUUCAAGUGAUUCACUACUUUCUUCAAACGUCUGUUUUGAUUUGCACCCGGGUUUCGCCCUGUGUCGGCCUGGCACUUGUGUGACUCUUGAUUUCACUGCAUUCAUCAAUGCCAUAUGAAAAAAAAUAAAACAAUACUGUAUUAACUUGA